AUUUUUUUUUUAUUAUAUUUAAUUUAAUAAUAUAGUUACAGGAAAUGAAUCAAAACGGUUUUAGUACUGGUGAAGAAGACUCACGCGGUCCACUUGAUAAAAUUUGUUGUUUACAAGAAGAUGGAUUUCGUUGUCAGAGGCAGGCUGGAAAUGCUUCUUAUAGUAAAAAAAUACGCAACACUGUCAGACAACUUAAGUUACAUCUGGAUGCUGUUGCAAGACAUAUAUACAUUUGUGAUUAUCACAAAAAUAUGAUUCAAAGCGCUAGAUCAUUGAAACCAUCUAGUCAAGAUGAAGCACCAGAAGUAGACUUUUCACAAUUACAGAUGAAUACUCUAAGACGUUAUAAAAAACAUUUCAAAGUAGUUACAAAACCCAGUCUUAAUAAAGCUCAAAUGGCAGAGUCACUUUUAAACCAUUUCAAGACGAUAUCAGUUAACGAAAAAGAAGCUCUUACGUUCUUCAUUUAUACAAUCAAGACAAAUGGUAAUAAACUGGAUCAAAAAAGUGCAAAUAAUAAUUCAGAUACAACGUAAUUGUAAUACUACUUUUGUAAAAUUAUUUAUUUUAUUUUAUAUUUAUUUAUUUUAUGUAUAUUCACUGAUUAGUAUUUAAAUGAAUAUAAUAUAUAUGAACUAUUUGAGUUAUUAA